AUGAAGCUCGACGUUGCCCUGCAGGACCUGGCUGAUCUGUGCCCAAAUAAGGUUCAAAGGGUGAUUUUCCGUGGACUGCUGGUCAGCCUGUCCACUCUGUACCAGCGGCUCCUGGCAUUCCUCAAAGACGUAGCCAUCGCCCAGCCCAUGCCCUUCCUCACAGACUUCUCCCUGCCAGCAGAUAUGGUCCCACCCAAAGGACUACAAGAAAAGCAGCAGCAGCAGCAGCAAAAGAACUCUUCAGUUAAAGUCGGUAACCGGGAACAGACGAGGAAGAAUAAGGACGACCUGGGUGUUGCUGUUGAAAGAGAUCUUAGUUGUGACACUGACCUCAAGCCUUUUAUUAAGAUUUUCAAGAAUUUCACAAAGAGAAAUUCUUCCCCAGAGAACACACACGAGACUGAAAAGAAACUGAAGUUAAAGAAACUAAAGUUCAAGAAACAAGUGAGAGAAGCUCCAACUUUCACACACAUGGCGGCCCAUCUAGAGGAAAUGAUUCUGUGGUGCAAAUCCCAGAGGAUGGAGAAGGAAAAACGCCUCCUAACCUUCCUGCAGUUAAAGUGCCGAAAGAUGAAAUGCCUCGAGGAAGCAGGUUACAAUGUCCAGAGGAAGCUGCAGACCUUCAGACAGGAAGCUUGCUGGGCCUCGUCUCCUAAAAAGUCAGUGCCGAAGAGCUUUUGUUCCCUUUCUGCGAUGAGGAGAAAUGCUCGCCAGAGAAUUCGCCGGAUGUCACUCAUGUCUUGUGCACUCAGAACUGGUGUAAAAAAGAAACGGAUGAUGGGACAACAGAAAACGACUCUUUUAUCAGUGUCUGGACUGUCCAAGAAUAACCAGCAAAACAGGACUACACAUGAGGCAACACAUCCGACCACUGACAGCCACGAUGACAUAGAUGAUAUAUUUGCCUCAGUAGGUUUGUGAAAGACAAAACACAAACUACCCAGAACUGCUCAUCUCAGUGAACAGUAUGAUGCACUACUCUGUGAAAACAAAAAUGAUGGAACUGAAUUUGUAACGUGAACUGAUGAUUUUCCUUUUUUUUAAUGUUAUAAAGCCUAAAAUCUCUGUUGCUAACUGCACGCCUAUCUACUAUACCUGAUGAUGAAAAGCAAAAUACUUCCUAAAUCUGUUGCACCUCUGACUUAACCAAGCAUGAACACAACAAUGCUGGCUUAUUUAAGCAACACAGUCAUCAGAGAUAAACAAAAGGCCAGUGUAAGUUACUUAAACAGCAGAAAAUAAUACAAAAUUACCCCUUCAGGUGAUUGUUUUUUAAAAAAUCUUGUCAACAUGCUCAUAUGGCGUUUUUAAUAUGCUGGAAUCAUGAACAAAAUGGGCAGUCAAUGCCAUGGCUGAACAUUUCCACAUUUUAACUAUAGUGUACCAAUGGCAGUAUCAAAAACAUGGAUUCGGGCUUCCAGAGUUUCACACAUAACAAACCUUAAGAAACCAAUCCUGUCAACUUGCAAGUUGCCACUUUCCGUGUCGCUAUUUUUUAUUUUUUUCCAGAAUCGGUUUGUGGUCAGAUACAUGUACGACUGAAUAGAGGAAGCAGCGACGUCACUCAUCUAAAAAGUUUCAAAUAAAGAAGGGUUUGUUUUCAGCGGAAAAAAACAUACACGAGUUUUUUGAGGUUUAAUCGAUCCCUGGAGAGGGACUUUAAAAGUCAUGAAAUGUAACAGAAUGGUGAUGUAGUUUGAGGUGUUUUGUUUCAAUUUAAAAGAUUUUUAUUUUUUUGCCACUUGUGUAAUAAAACCUAGCCGCAUUACUGA